GCGAUCGACUGGGAUGGGAUAGUCGCGCACACAGAAGAAAAGAAACACGACCUUCCCUUCCUCCUCUCCGCAACCCCCACUAGCGACGCCCCAUAUCAUCACAAGUCUACCGUACUAUGGCCGGUAUGGAAUUGCAACCUAUGAAAAGGUUUAGCUGGUGGGAGCAGCAGAGUUCGCAAUCACAAAUAAUGGUAACGGGCCUAGCCAUCUCAAACGCAAACGGUCAACCCGGAUCUGGCAAUUUUGGACGUCGCGGCACAAUGAGCAGGGAGCAGUCUCGGAAGCCUAACGUACCAAGUCAGAAGUAUCGAAGGAGAAAGGAUUCCAUUGAACCUGAUUAAGAGUGUCAGCGAGGGGGGAUAUAUCCAUGCAAAUUUGUAUCAGAAUCAGAGACUUUCAACAUGAAAUGUCGCAGAUUAGCGAGUAGCAAUCAGCUCAUAACCUGGAACUAUCCGAGUCCAGUUAGGGGCGAUAAUGGAGGCGAUACAAUAAGUAUAUUCAUAUUUUUGCUGGAUUUCUGAUUAUAAUCGACUAUUUUUGGCGCGAAAAGAUAGCGAGGGCUACGUCAAGACUCGGAAUUAAGCUCAAAGCAUCAGCAAGAUAGAUCUUCCAGACAGCACCUCCAUUGUUCACUCUCGAAACUUCCACAAUUUCAAUGCAA